AGCCAAGUGUUCUUUGUUACUCACCCUCGCUUCGUUGUUUGCGGCCCAUACCAUCCUAUGGGUGAUUAUCGGUGUCCUUACUACAUCCGGCCCUGGAGGUACCACUCGUUCCUAAAUACCACCACCCAGGCUAGUCCUGGUGGCUCUCGCCUUCUCAGAGCAAGAGAAUCAACCUUAACCCUUGUUUUUAUUGAAUAGGUGCUCUCAAAAUACCUGUGACGACUCGGUGAAGUCGCGUGGCGGCGCGUCCUUCCAAAGGCACCAGAUCCCUUUAUUGACCUCCAAGAGAUUCGUCGUGGAACUCGCUUUCCACAAAACGGAUGAAGGCAUGGGCUUCCCACGGUCUUUUCUGCGUCUGCGAGCCAUUGUGACCGCGCUUUCCCUGAUAGCUCUUUUUUGGUGGAUUUCGCAAGGCUCGCGUGACUUCUACUUGGAGCAGUCACCUCCUAUCAGCGACGGUAUAAAAGGUUCCCAAGACUUGACAAGUCAUACCGGCUUCUGGCGCCAGUUUGAGCCACUUCUAAUGAGGUACGGGCCUAACUGUCCAUCGCCUAAACGACUCACCAAUGCCCGCACUGUUGGCUACAAAGUCACCGACCCAGAGCUCCGACCAGAGGUUUUGGAGAUGUCUAUGGACGAUGUGACCCAAAUGAAGAAUGCCCAUAGUGGGUUCGUCAGUUCUAUCGCGAGCAACCCACCCAAGCUUCAUUAUAUUCCUGGUACUAGGGGUUUGGUAUCCACAGCUGGCGGCGCAUACCUGCCCGUGUUGGUGAUCUCCUUGCGAAUGUUGCGACGGACAGGAUCUACUCUUCCUAUGGAGGUUUUUCUGGCAAACCGAGAUGAAUAUGAGGAAUACAUAUGCGAUGAGGUCUUGCCCUCGCUGAAUGCAAAGUGUCUCGUGCUUUCUGAAAUUCUUGAUUCGGUGCCGAACACCAAAGAGAUCAAGAAAUAUCAGUUCAAACCGUUUGCAAUGAUAUUCUCGUCAUUCGAAGAGAUUUUGUUUCUCGAUGCCGAUGCAUUCCCCAUUGCAAAACCCGAACAGCUCUUCGUCACCGAGCCUUUCCGAUCCAAGAAGAUGGUUACCUGGCCUGACUUCUGGGCCUCUUCCACGUCACCUAUCUACUACGAGAUCUCUUCUCAAGAGGUGCCUCCCAUGGAGCUUCGGCAGUCUACCGAAUCUGGUGAGGUCAUGAUUUCUAAGAAGACCCAUCUCAGAACACUUCUCCUUUGCACAUACUAUAAUUUCUGGGGGCCGACCCAUUACUACCCGCUAUUUUCUCAGGGCGCAGCAGGAGAAGGAGACAAGGAGACCUUCACUACAGCUGCCACGGCCGUAGGGGAGCCUUUCUACCAAGUCAGUGAGCCAAUUUGUGCCAUAGGCCACGGUACCAAAGGAGGGCUAGCAGGUUCAGCAAUGGUCCAAUUUGACCCCGCGGAUGACUACACUCUUACGCAGAAAGGUGAAUGGCGGAUCCGCGGCUCGUCAGCCCCGUCUCCCAGGGCAUUCUUCGUCCAUGCCAACUUUCCCAAAUUUAACCCAGCCACCGUCUUCACCAAACAAAGUGUGAACCCUGCGUUCAACGAUGACGGCAGCUACACGCGCGCAUGGACUAUCCCAGAUGAGGUGAUCAAUGCAUUUGGCAGCGAUGUAGAGAAGCACUUCUGGGAAGAAAUAAUGUGGACCGGCUGCGAGCUGGAGGAUAAAUUUCAGAGCUGGAAGGGCCAAUUGGGGAUCUGCGAUGAUGUGAAGAAGUACUGGAACGCUAUGUUUGCUGCGGAGUGAGAAUUGACGCCUAUGAUACGGUUUGCCGGUUCUGCAUUCGGGGAGUGUGCAAAGACAGAAUAUGUUAUCUCAAGGGUCUGAGUUUUCUAUCCCCAGACUCUGAGCUACCCAUUGGAUCCGAGUUCAUGAUUUUCACCGUUCACUGGACUAUUUCCGAUCUUGCCUGUAUUUAUCCCAGGCACCCCGGGAAUCCAAUGACAACCGCUCCUCGUAGCUGGACUACUGGGUGCUGGAUUAGUCCUGCGGUCUAUGGAUUAGUCUAUGAGCAGAUUUCUCGAAGGCAGACUAGUAGAGAUUAGCAGUAUGACAUGACCUAACAGGUUUCUCUGUCAAUGGAUAAUUGAUCAUGGCUACUGAAAUUGAUUGAUGAUUACCAUGUUCAUUCUGUGUGAAAGGCUGUCUCCUAUUACCAACUGAUUAUAAA